AGGAUCAACAAAAUAUGUUGACCCAGGAACGCAUCUAACUCAGCAAAUAUCAGGACGUGCAAUAAUAAUAUGAUAUUAAAAUUAAUAUGAUAAUUUCUUCCUUACAUCUGCUAUAAUGCAAUAUGUUGUUAGUCUCGAGACUGCGUAUAUUAGUUAAUAAAUACGUGGAUCCACUUUUGAUAAUAGGUUGUCCUGAUGGACUAGUGGCAGCAUUUUCGUUUAGCAUGCAAGCGGUUCUGGGUUCUAAUCCAAUCCACCACUUUUUGAAUCCCACCCGCAAAUUACACCUAUGACUGUACAUAUAAGGAAGUAGGAACAGGGAACUAGGAAACUCACAAUAAAGACUAAUAAAAGGACAAGGGUCAUAGAAAUGUUUCAAUUUUAAUCUUCUGUUGUGCCACAGUAUAAAUCUGAACUUGAACUCUCAGGAAUAUUUCAGAGAUAUUUCAGAGUUUCUGUCCAAAUGAAAUCCAAUGCAUACUAAACUUUGCACGGCAAAAAUGUUUGUUUUUGUGUGUCCUCAUUUUGCAAUAUGGUGUACAUGAAAAGAUAUAAAAUCACAAUUUCUAGACAUUUCCAUGAAUUUGAAUGCACUAAUGGUCUCUAUGCAUAAUAACAUGUUUGCUAAUGUUAUUAAAGUUAUCAUAGAUUGUCAUCCAAAAUCUGCAAAUAGUUGUGUAGGUGGGGAUUUUGUUGUGUGGUAUUUGGUUUGAUUUGCAUAUGAAUGUGUGACAAAGAUGAAUGUCAAACUGAAACUUAAAAAAAGUAUAAAACUGGAAUCUUGAGCCUCGACACUGGUCUUCAGAGCUGUGGUGAGUGAGAAACAAGUUGCUUUGUCUUUGUCUUCCAUUUAAGGAGAUAUUAAUGAUAUAGAUAUUCAUGAUUUAGGAGGAAAACAACACAAAAAUGGAAUAAUCAAAAUCAAAGUCUGCACCUGCAACUGUGUACACACCAACAUAUACACCACCACCAAACCCAGAACUGGACAAACCUUUAACUGGAAAAUUUAACUGGGAUCAGAAAGAAGCCCUGAAAAAGAAGCUAGAAGACUUCACUCUGGGUAAUCCAGAUGUAAAGAACAUCAAUAUCCUGGUAGCUGGACAAAUUAGAGCAGGAAAGUCCAGCUUUAUUAACUCCAUCGAUAGUGCCUUUCAAGGACGGAUCACCUCUAGAGCACCAGUUAGUUCAUCUGCUGGUGGUUGUAGUUUCACAAAAAACCUCAAAGGAUUCACCAUCAGAAGUGGGAAAAAAUCUUUGCCCUUCAUCUUCAAGGAUACAAUGGGCUUAGAACCUGAUCUAUUGGCUGGGUCGCAAAUAGAAGACAUCAUCAGUAUUGUGCUUGGCCAUGUGAAGGACGGCUAUGAAUUCAAAUUGAAGCAGACAAUCUAUUUUAAGGAUGAACAUUUCAACAUGAACCCUACCCUCUCCGAUCAGGCUUCCUGCCUGGUUUACGUCAUAGCCGCAGAUACAGUCCAGUUCACAGAUGAUAAACUUAUUGCCAAGUUGAAGUGCAUCCGCGAGAGAAUCAGUGCUGAGGGGAUUCCUCAAGUGGUUAUCAUGACCAAAGUGGAUGAAGCAUGUCCGCUGGUCAAACAAGAUCUAAGGAAUAUAUACACUAGCAAGAAGAUCUAUGAGAAGAUGGAGAUGUGCAGUGCCAAAAUAGGUGUGCCAUUGUCAAACAUCUUCCCAGUGAGGAACUACCAUGAUGAGAUUGACACAGAGGAUGACACUGAUUUUCUGAUACUGAAGGCACUUGAACAGAUUGUUCAGAUUGCCAAUGUUAGAUUGGAAAUAAUGAAAAUAAAAUGAAAAAAAAAAAAAAAAAAA